GAAUUACAAAGGCGGCAGUUAUGCCUAGUGUUGUUACAUCACAUUGGUAUUGUAUGUUUUGGGAACUUCUAGCCUAAUUAGAUCUAUUUGAAUGUGUUAAAAAACUAUAUCGUCAUGUUCAAGUCAACCAGUUUACUGUUGAGAUCUCCAACUAUUCAAAGUUUACUCAAUUCUUCGGAAUGUACAAAAAAUAUAUGUAGUUCCUCAUCUUUGAAUCGAUGGUAUUUACGUUAUUCACGUGGACCUCGUGUUCUUACUCCACCUAAAAAUCCAUUUGUUUAUGAUAGAGAUUGGGAAAAUGAACCAUACAAACCGAAAGCUAAAAAUGAAUAUCUUCUACCUGUCAAAUCUUUAAAAGAUUUUCAAAGUUUAGAUGAACGCUGUAAAAACAUGUUUACCUAUAGUUUUGUUUAUAAAAGACAAGAAUUCCAAGAAAAUCUUAAUGAAAUGUUGAAGAAAUUAGGUUUUGAACCUACAGCUGAUUCAUUAGCUGCAAAAAUUGUUCGAAUGACAUUAGAAUUACGUUAUAAAAAAUGGCGUUUAAAAGAACAUCCACGUUGUAUCACAUUGAAACUUGCAACUAAAUGUCUUAUGAAUGCUCGACAACGUACUUUAAGAUUGUUACGUGCUACAAAUUUAUCUGAAUUUCAUAGAAUUACAUCUGCUUUAAAAUUUGUUCAUUAUGAACAUGUGGAUCCUUAUCGAUUAUGUACUGAUGAUCCAAUGGUUCAACGUAAAAAUUCUUUUCGAAAUGAAUGUUAUCAGGAACGUAUUCGUAGAAUGACUAUAUUAAAAGCAAAUUUAAUAUCAUCUCAACAAGAAUUUUAUAUUGAAAAAUAUCAAAUUUUAACAAAUUUAUUAAAUAAUUUAAAUAUAUUUAUAAAUUCUAAUUAUUUUAAUAUAAAACAAGAAAAUGUUCCUCAAUUUAUAAUAAAACAAUUAUUUUAUGAAAUAAUUAAAGAACGUCAAUUAAUUAAUUUAGAUAAACCAAUAAAUGAUCAAUUUUUAUGGUAUUUUAAUGAAACUAAAAAACGUGAUAAAUAUUUAAUGGAAAAAUUACAGAAAUUAGAAAAACAACAACGUAAAUUAAGAAAAUAAUUUAAAAAAAAAAGAAUGAUCAUCAUUAUUGUUAUUAGAAUAAUAAUAAUAAUUAACAUUGGGAAUUUCUUCUGAAUAUAUAUCUAUAUAUGUAAAUGUUAUUGUAUUUCAUAUAUUUGAUUGUUAGAGAUUUUUUUUUUUAAAAGAAACAGUCAUGUGUAAUUUAUACAUUCUAAAUGUCUUAGUAUAAUCGACAGUGUGGGGUGUGUGCUACUUAUAUUGGUUAUAAGUAGUAUAUAACGUGCGUUAAAAUAACGUAAUGUCUAGCAGCAAAAGAUGGCGAAGAUCAAGAAAGGUAGAGCGAGAACACAAUGGAAUUUGUAAGAAAAUGCAUGAACAAUGGAAUGGAAGACAGUGGAUUGGUGUUUGCAACAAAAACAGUCCAGUUUGGUUUUAUGCAUGAAUAUUUUGCAAAUUGACGAUUUACUAUAUGGUAUUCAGAUUUUGUUGAGAUAGACUGUAAUUGUUGUGCUAAAUACAUCCGUUUGUCCCCACCCGUGUUCUCGUUCACUA